AUGGCUUCUCCUAGCGUCGACACAACCAUCUCGCUCCCUCGUAUUCUUUGUCUCCACGGCGGCGGUACCAACGCAGCAAUCUUCAAGGCCCAGUGCCGGGGGCUGAGACGUGCGCUUUCAGCUUCCUUCCGUCUGGUCUUCGCCGACGGACCUUUCCUUUGCGACCCCCACCCUGACAUUAUUCCCAUUUACGGUGGCGACGGGCCCUUUCGCCGAUGGUUACGGUGGCGAGCUUCAGACGGAUACGUAGACGCCCACACCACAAUCCGUCUGAUCCACCGCCAGUUAUCGAAUGCCAUGGAAGCAGACGACCGACUCGGCGGAACCGGGGACUGGGUUGGAGUAUUAGGCUUCAGCCAGGGAGCCAGCAUCUGCGCGAGUUAUCUAUGGACGCAACAGGCCUUGUCGGGUCAGCCGAUGAUCUCGAACUCGAAAUGGCGCUUUGGCAUACUCCUGGCCGGGCGGCCUCCGCUGGUUGCGUUGGAUGAGAGGGUGAAGUUGCCCGUGGGGAUCAACACGGCGGAUGCCGUGGCUUCAGAAUUCCGAUACUGGCCGGACGGAUCAGGACUGGGCCACGUCCUCAGAGUGCCGACGCUCCAUGUUCACGGGACCGCAGAUCCGGGGCUGGAGCAACAUCGUCGUUUGUUGAAUCAAUACUGCGACCCGAGUACUGUACGGCUCGUGGAAUGGGAUGGUGCCCAUCGUGUUCCAUUGAAAAAAGCCGACGUUGAUGCUGUUGCUCGAAUCAUAGUCGACUUGGCUCAAGAGGCGGAAAGUACGAUAUGA